GUGUGAAACUCGAAAAAUGGUCACUGGGGGCUCAUCUCUGGUAAUCAACUCUUCCUCACUAUUUGGACGAAUUGGCUCACUCCCUCCACCCCCUUCCUCACAUGCAUUGUUCUCACUUUCACGAUUCAGGAAUAGGCUUGGUAUGGAAAUGAACGAAAUUAUACCAGACCUGUUUUUGGAGGUUUGCGAAUGCUACCGACAUCAAACAAUUGAAGGAACACCAUUUACAAUGCGUCGUAUCUGUGCACAUAGCGGCUCAUCAUCCUGCCCUUGA